AUGCAGAUUGAUGAGGACCCCAGUUGGCAAGACCCCAUCAUCGACUACUUAGUGAAUGGAAACCUGCCAACGGAUAAGUCCGAAGCUAGGAAGGUCCAGCAGAAAGCCGCGAGAUACUAUAUGCACGGCAGCAAGCUCAUCCGUAGAUCAUACUCCGGCCCUCAUCUCACCUGCAUAAAGUACCCUCAAACACUUGAAGUCCUCUGCAAAAUUCACGACGGCGAGUGUGGCAACCACUCGGGGGGCAGGUCACUCGCCCAGAAAACUCUAAACGUAGGCUAUUUCUGGCCUACCAUGCGCCACGACUCCGCUGAAUAUGUCAAAAAAUGUGAUCGUUGCCAACGAUACAAGCCGAUCCCUAAUCUGCAUACCGAAGUUUACCAUCCGCAAAACAGUCCAUGGCCAUUCAUGUAA